UGUGUUUCAAUGCGUGGGAAAUAUAAGCUAUGUUCCUAGUUGUUGUUCAUAAUGAUGUAGAACAUAAUAUAGAUGCAGACCUUAAUUGGAAUGUGCUUUUUUUGAAACAAAGAAUCUGUCAGGAUCUCGGACUUAAUUCAGAUACUCAUUUUCUAUCACGUAAAGUAACUUGUGGCUAUGAAAUAAUGCAGGAAGAUUCUAGAUUACUGGAAUAUGAUGUCAUAACUGACUUCCGUCUUCAUAUCUUCGAGCGCCAUCCUAAAGGUCAUCAUUUUAUUUACUGCUAUAUAUGUGAAUCUAUUCGACCUGCGUUAAUUACCUUCAGUUGUUCCCUCUGCAAAUCGGCAUUUAUUCCCGUUUAUCAAGACAUUGACUCACAAAUCUGUAGGGGAAAGUGUUCUUCUAUUGAUUGUAAUUCAUCAGAAGCUAAAAUAAGCUUUUCAUGUACUACAAUGCCUUCUCACGAUCCAACAGUUUUCCUGAAGCAUAUAAAACGUAAUUGUACAGAGAGAAGUUGUGCAGCAUGUACUUCUUCAGACAGUGAAAUGAUAAUAUGUCUUUGUGAAGAGGAAGGCCAUUCUCUUUGCAUUGAAUGUUUCAAAAAGUACGCUGAAGAGUAUUUUAACUCUGGCCUGUUUCAGUUUCGUGACAGCAUUGGGUACACUCUCGGUUGUCCUGGCGGUUGUCCUAACUCAUUUGUUACAGAUCCCCAUCAUUUUCGAAUUUUGGGUUCUGAGUUUUAUACACGCUAUAAAGAACAAUCAGCGAAACGGUAUGUCCUUUCAAAGGGCUCUGCAUGUUGUCCAUCUUGUGGAGUAGAUUGGCAAAUUACACACUCCCAACGUAAUGUAAAAUCCCCUGGCACUUGGCAUCGUUGCCUUCCACCUGCUGGCUGCGGGUCACUAUUUUGUUCUUCUUGUGGCUGGAGUUAUAUGGAAUCAGGUCCGGAAUCUUCAUGUACUGUGUCUCUUCAAUGUUUCUGUGAUGGAAAGCACGACGUUUCCAUGAAUGCAUCUGAAAAUUCUAAUCCUGUGUGGAGAUCAUUCAUUUUAAGAGUAGAUGGUGACGAAAGUCGCAAAUAUAUCAAUGAAACAUGUCGCUACUGCCCAAAUUGCAAGUCUCCUACAGAAAAACAUGGUGGUUGUAAUCAUAUCCAUUGUUCAGUCUGUGGGUGUCAGUGGUGUUGGAUUUGCCGUGAAAUGUGGACUUCCGACUGCUUAUCUUCUCACUGGUUGUAGUUUGAUACUUCUCCUUAUUUUGUCUGACUUUCGUUUUUCAAUAAAGAUUUUCUGCAGUAAAAAAA